AAGGUUAUAAAUCGCCCCCGCCCUCGGCUCCUCUUAAUCGAGGUCCGCUGGAGGCUGGGAGCGCGCCGGCCGGACACUCCUCGCGGCUCCUCCCCGGCGGCGGCAGCGGCAGCGGCGGCGGCGCGGAGCGGGCUCCGGGGCUGGAAGGCAACGGCCCGAGGACGCCGGGCGGCGCGGAUUACCGGGGGAGGUGGCUGUCUCUCGGGCUGGAGCCGCGGAGAGGGGCGCUCGGGGCAUAGGGCCGGCGGCGGCGGCGCUGCGACAAGAGACAGGCUCCGGCGGCAGCGGCGGGCGCCCGCGAGGAGCGCGGGCACCGGGCGAGCAGGCCGCGUCGCGCUCACCAUGGUCGGCUGCUGGGACACCGGGGUCCUGCUGUGCGCGCUGCUCGGCGGUCUGCUUCUCACAGGAUCUAGUUCAGGUUCAAAAUUAAAAGGUCCUGAGCUGAGUUUAAAAGGCACCCAGCACGUGAUGCAAGCAGGCCAGACGCUGUAUCUCAAAUGCAGAGGGGAAGCAGCCCAUUCGUGGUCUCUGCCCGCCUCGGUGAGGAAGGACAGCCGGAGGCUCAGCAUAACGAAGUCCACCUGUGGAAGGAGCGACAAGCAGUUCUGCAGCACUUUGACCUUGAACGCAGCUCAGGCAAACCACACCGGCUUCUACAGCUGCAAAUAUCUAGCCACACCUCCUUCAAAGAAGAAGAGAGCAGAAUCCACAAUCUACAUAUUUAUUAAUGAUACAGGUAGACCUUUCUUAGAGAUGCACAGCGAGAUCCCCGAGAUUGUAAACAUGACUGAAGGCAAGGAAGUCAUCAUCCCCUGCCGGGUCUCCUCACCCAACAUCUCUGUUACUUUAAAAAAGUUUCCACCUGAUACGCUGGACGGAAAGAGAAUCACCUGGGACAGUAGGAGGGGUUUUAUAAUAUCCAAUGCAACAUACAAAGAGAUAGGGCUGCUGACAUGUGAAACAACCAUCAACGGACAUUUGUACAAGACAAACUACCUCACGCUUCGACAAACCAACACAAUCACAGAUGUCCGAAUAAGCACGCCGAGCCCCGUCAGACUGCUGAGAGGUCACACUCUCGUCCUCAACUGCACGGCCACCACGCCCUUGAACACCAGAGUUCAGAUGACCUGGAGUUACCCCGGGGAAGUAAAUAAGAGAGCCUCUGUAAGGCGACGCAUCGACCAAAGCCAUUCCGAUAACAACGUCUUCUACAGCAUCCUUGUUAUUGACAAAGUGCAGAACAAAGACAAAGGGCUUUACACCUGUCGCGUGAAAAGCGGCCCAUCCUUCAGAUCUGUUAACACCUCCGUGCAUAUCUACGACAAAGCAUUCAUCACUGUGAAGCAUCGAAAACAGCAGGUGCUUGAGACCGUAGCUGGCAAGCGGUCUUACCGGCUCUCUGUGAAAGCGAAGGCCUUCCCAACGCCGGAAGUUGUAUGGUUGAAAGAUGGGAUUCCAGCCACUGAGAAAUCUGCCCGCUAUCUGGUGCGUGGCUAUUCAUUAAUUAUCAAAGAUGUAACUGCAGAAGAUUCGGGGGCUUACACGAUCCUGCUGGGGAUAAAGCAGUCAAAUGUGUUUAAAAACCUCACCACCACUCUCAUUGUAAAUGUGAAACCCCAGAUUUACGAAAAGGCUGUGUCAUCCUUCCCGGACCCGACCCUCUACCCGCUGGGCAGCAGACAGGUCCUGACUUGCACCAUUUAUGGUGUCCCUCCACCUGCCGUCACAUGGCUCUGGCGACCCUGUGGCCAUAAUCAUUCCAAAGCCAGGUAUGACUUUUGCUCCCGUAACGAAGAGUCCUUUGUCCUGGAUCCUGCCAGCACCGUAGGAAACAGAGUUGAGAGCAUCACUCAGCGCACGGCAGCCAUAGAAGGAAAGAAUAAGACGGCCAGCACCCUGGUUGUGGCGGACUCCAGAACUUCUGGAAUCUACACGUGCGUGGCUUCCAACAAAGUGGGGACUAUGGAGAGAGACAUAAGCUUCUACAUCACAGAUGUCCCCAACGGGUUUCACGUGAGCCUGGAAAAGACGCCCACAGAAGGGGAAGACCUGAAGCUGUCCUGCACGGUGAACAAGUUCUUAUACAGAGACGUCACCUGGAUUCUGCUGCGGACGGUUCACAACCGAACGACGCGGCACAGCAUCCGCAAGCAGAAGACGGCCACCACCAGAGACUACUCCGUGACCCUCAGCCUCGUCGUCAAGAACGUGUCGCUGGAAGACUCGGGCACCUAUGCCUGCCGAGCCAGGAACAUCUACACAGGGGAAGAAAUCCUUCAGAAGAAAGAGGUGACCAUUAGAGAUCGGCAAGCCCCAUACCUCCUGCGAAACCUCAGCGAUCACACGGUGGCCGUCAGCAGCUCCGCAACCUUAGACUGUCACGCUAACGGUGUCCCCGAGCCCCAGAUUACCUGGUUUAAGAAUAACCACAAAAUACAACAGGAGCCUGGCAUUAUUUUAGGGCCAGGAAGCAGCACGCUGUUUAUUGAAAGAGUCACGGAAGAGGAUGAAGGCGUCUAUCACUGCAGAGCCACCAACCAGAAGGGGUCCGCGGAGAGCUCGGCAUACCUCACCGUGCAAGGAACCUCGGACAAGUCCAGCCUGGAGCUGAUCACCCUGACGUGUACCUGUGUGGCUGCCACCCUCUUCUGGCUCCUGCUAACCCUCUUUAUCCGAAAACUGAAAAGGUCUUCGUCUGAGAUUAAAGCUGACUACCUGUCAAUUAUCAUGGACCCAGACGAAGUCCCCCUGGAUGAGCAGUGCGAACGGCUGCCUUACGAUGCCAGCAAGUGGGAGUUUGCCCGGGAGAGACUGAAGCUGGGCAAAUCACUGGGAAGAGGGGCUUUUGGGAAAGUGGUCCAGGCAUCUGCCUUUGGCAUUAAGAAAUCACCCACGUGCCGGACGGUAGCUGUAAAAAUGCUGAAAGAGGGCGCCACCGCCAGCGAGUACAAAGCCCUGAUGACUGAGCUCAAGAUCUUGACCCACAUCGGCCACCAUCUGAAUGUCGUCAACCUGCUGGGAGCCUGCACGAAGCAAGGAGGGCCUCUGAUGGUGAUCGUUGAAUACUGCAAAUAUGGAAAUUUAUCCAACUACCUCAAGAGCAAACGCGCCUUAUUCUUCAUCAACAAGGAUGCAGCUUUACACGUGGAGCCUAAGAAAGAAAAAAUGGAGCCAGACCCGGAGCCGGGCAAGAAACAGAGACUAGACAGUGUCACCAGCAGCGAGAGCUUCGCGAGCUCCGGGUUUCAGGAAGAUAAAAGUCUGAGCGAUGCCGAGGAAGAGGAGGAUUCCGAUGAUUUCUACAAGCAGCCCAUCACAAUGGAAGAUCUGAUUUCUUACAGCUUUCAAGUGGCCAGAGGCAUGGAGUUUUUGUCCUCCAGAAAGUGCAUUCAUCGGGACCUGGCGGCACGAAACAUACUCUUGUCUGAGAACAACGUGGUGAAGAUUUGCGAUUUUGGCCUCGCCCGGGAUAUUUAUAAGAACCCCGACUACGUGAGAAAAGGAGAUACGCGGCUUCCUCUGAAGUGGAUGGCGCCCGAAUCCAUCUUUGACAAGAUCUACAGCACCAAGAGCGACGUGUGGUCCUACGGGGUGCUGCUCUGGGAGAUCUUCUCCUUAGGAGGGUCCCCGUACCCGGGCGUGCAGAUGGACGAAGACUUCUGCAGCCGCCUGAAGGAGGGCGUGAGGAUGAGGGCGCCCGAGUACGCCACCCCGGAAAUCUAUCAGAUCAUGUUGGACUGUUGGCACAAAGACCCCAAAGAAAGGCCAAGAUUUGUGGAACUUGUGGAAAAACUAGGCGACCUGCUGCAAGCCAAUGUACAACAGGACGGCAAAGACUACAUCCCCCUCAACGCCAUUCUGACGAGCAACAGCGGCUUCACGUACUCCACUCCCGCCUUCUCCGAGGACUUCUUCAAGGAAGAUAUUUCUGCUCCCAAGUUUAACUCAGCAAGUUCGGAUAAUGUCAGAUACGUGAAUGCUUUCAAUCUCAUCAGCCUGGAAAGAAUCAAAACCUUUGAAGAACUUUCCCCAAACGCCACCACCUCCGUGCUCAACGACUACCAGAUGGACAACGGCUCCCUGCUGGCCUGCCCCUUGCUGAAGCGCUUCACCUGGACGGAGAGCAAGCCCAAGGCCUCACUCAAGAUUGACCUGAGAGUAACCAGCAAGAGUAAGGAGUCGGGGCUCUGUGACCUCAACAGACCCACUUUCUGCCACUCCAGCUGUGGGCACCUCAGCACGGGCCAGCGGAGAUUCACCUAUGACCACUCGGAGCUGGAGAGGAAGAUUUCGUGCUGCUCCCCUCCCCCCGACUACAACUCGGUGGUCCUGUACUCCAGCCCUCCCGUCUAAGCCGCCGCACAGCCCUUCCAGCACCACGUGUGUAUCGAUUCCCCCAGAAAACGAGCUUUGCCAAUAUUAUUCACAUAUAAAUGUACGCCUUCACCUUUGCCCAGGAGCCAGCUGCUUUUUUGUAGUUUUUAAUAGUGCUUUUGUCUCUCUCGACUAACAAGAAUGUAACCCCUGAUAGAGGACGUGUGACACGCAGGAGCCCUGCCACUGACACCCCACUCCCACCCACCCCCCCGUGCAGGAGGGACCUCUCCUCGGCCCCAGGACGUCCCUCUCCUCCCCCUCCCCCACCCCCAGCCUGGGGGCGGCGCGAACCCAGGGGGCCCCCAAGGGUCCCGGCUCUUCCAGGAGGCCUGGUGCCAGAGGGGGAAGGAGAGAGGAGGACGAGGACAGGUGCUUGGGAAGGAGGCAUGUGGGCUGCCGCGUGGGGACGCAGUGGGGCAAGGCCACCUGCGAGAAGCAGCCCGGGGCACACAGGACAGAGGGGUGAGGGAGGUAAGAGAGGCAGAGAUGAUCUGGGGAAUUAAAAGUGUGAAACGUCAGCCCGGGGCCAGCUUUUGUCUCCUGCACUUGAGAGGGGCGCUCAGAGCCGGCCUGUCUGCCCACCCCUUCCGGGGGACACACUGGACCUGCAGGCCCUGGGCUCCCAGGAGGCCAGCCCGCCGGAGGCUGGUCUGUCGGGUUACCUUUGGGGCCUAACACCACCCCUUUUCCAAAAUAAUGUCAGAGUCUGUUUUGAGUUUUAACAGGUAGUCAAGACAUCUCAUUCGGUUUUUGAAUUAACCUGUUUCGUACAGUUAGUUACCAAAGUGAACACCCCCUCUCUACACCAACCCAGCCAACCCCACCCCCCCCCGGAUCGGCAGGGACGUGAAGGGCAGGACAUCAUGGGUUUUCCUUCUUAGUGGGGGCCCCACCGCCUCACUAGUUAGUCAGUCUCCUGGACAGAAGAGCAUUAACCAAUGUCUAUUAAGCACUUUAUGCUCCUUGAGAGAAAAGGUAGUAUGUAAUUUAUGCAAGAUAUUGCUCGAAUUGGGACUCAGGAUACUUGUUGAUGAGCUGUCAGUAGGAGAAAAGCCUCUUUCCAUCUGCUUCGGGCCCCACCAGGGGCCUGAGGACAGUGGAAACAGGGAGACAGGGUACAAAAGGGUGCCUGCUUCUCAGGACUGGAGGCCCUGGUCGCCCCAGCGCUGUGCGAUGCUGAGUGUGUAGGACGGGGUGCCUUCUGGAGCCGGUCGGCCUCACAGGCCACAAGGCUCACUGCUUCUGGUAGAGAAGAGGGUGCUUCCCUUACGCCUGGAACUUAACCCCAGAGCCUGAGACGGAAGCCAUGGACAAGGCCAUGCUCCCUUCCUGGUGUCGCAGGCUCAUCUCAGGGCUCUUUGUGUGAAGAGGUGCGAGAGUGACAUGGUCCCCAGGGGGCAGUGGGGGCUCCCGCGGGGGCUCUGCUGGAAGAGCCAAGAGCCAAGGCCAGACAAGGUCGGGUCAGGCCAGGGAGGGGAGGGUCUUGUUCCCCUCUUCACAGCGGCACCUGUGACCCGGGCCAGGGCAGGACUCAGGGAACCAGGAGGAGGUUACACAGGGAAGAGAGGAGAAGACCAGUCAAUUCACUUGUUUUUGCAAAACAGUUAAGGAUCCAGUAAUUCAGGAAAGCAGAGACCUUAGCUCCACAUAUAACGUCUUGAUUUCAGUAACCUAAUGCUUAAUCACUGAGAGACCUUCGUCAUAUGGUCUCUCCAAAAGAAAAAGAACCCGUGGAACUCAGCUUGGCUUCCUCGGGGACUCGGGUCUGUCCAUCAGUCAGAUCCUUAAUGAAGGAAGCAAAAUGGAAGCUGGGAGCAACGAGUGUGUCUAGUUGCAAGGGCUUGGCCUGGACCCGUUCGCUGAAACAGCACUGAAAAUUAAACACGGAUUCCCUGAUGGUAUCGUUAGAGCCGUCUGUUGUGUCUGACGGUUGGCACAGACAGUAAAGGAACAAGCACCCCCUUGCAGGACUUGUGGGAUCGUGCACACAUGGCAGUGGGGUGAACGGGCCCUGGCGCCACGGGCAGGCCUGGGGCUGCUUAGUCUAAGAGUGAUGCUCAGACCCGUGGAACACGCGCGUCCAAAUCCUGAAAAUGUCAAAGAGGACCCAACACGCGGCGGCCCCUCUUACCUGAUGAAAGAAGGCGUGCAUCGUUGACUGACAGCGGUAGGAGCUAUAUGUAUAUUUGUGUGUGUGUGUUUUGUGCAUAACUAUUUAAGGAAACUGGAAUUUUAAAGUUACGUUUAUACAAACCAAGAAUAUAUGCUGCAGAUCUAAGACAGAAUUUGAUCCUACAUCUCUAGUCACUAUGAAUGUAUUUUGUAUGCUAUCUUCAUAUAAUAAACUUAACUUCCAAAUA